AUGGUCGGGCCAACGGAGUCAACCGUGACACGACCCCGGGCAAUGGGGCUGAUGCCGUCCCUGGGCAACCGCUUAGAACUAGCGGCCAGAGCUAUUCUCGACGGAAUCAAGAGCCUUACCAGCAAGCUUUUCGUGCAAGCUGCGAUGCCUCUGGUGCUGAUCGACUGCAAAGAGUCAGAUUUCCGCGGACUAACAAUGUCUGACGGCACCAGCAACGGCCCGCGGCUCAGGAUGCACCCGCCAAUGCGGCCAGAGGCAAUCGUGCAGCGGUGGUCUAACCGCCAGAUCCACACCAAGCGUACGGUUGGGCAGCUCCUGCACGUGGCACAGACACUCGCACCCUCACGGCGCCUCGCGAUCCAGCGCGCAAUUGCGGUAAUCCGCCGCGAAGGCUGUUUGCGGAGAAUCGGAAGCGAGAGCGCGUUGGUGCGACUGGUGUCAAGGUUGUGGGAGGUCAUGUUGGAGAGUGGCGGUAGCAGCACGAAUGACUGCCGGGAUGCGAUGGGGAAACAGCUCAUGGGCAGUGUUCUUGCCAAGACCGCGAAUCAGGAACCGGCGGGUAAGAAUUCGUCUAGACAAAAGAAGGUCGAGAUCGAGGGGAGCGACGGUUGUAGCAAGGCCAACCGGGCAGCUAAAGGAACCUUGGAGAAGAAUGGCCGCAUCCGUGGCAGCAGUAGCUCCUGCGGUGAGGCCACACGGCGGACGAAGGCACGCGGUAGUGGGUCAAGUCUGCGGCGAGUGGCAGACCAAGGCGGAAGCGACGGUAGCGCCAACAGCGACGCGAUAAUGCGUGGAACGUUCGGGGCGAGCAACACUGGCCUUGGCACACGCAGCUCCGGUGACAAGGAGGAGCAGAGGGAGACAACAGAGAUUCAUCUGAAGGAGGAGGCAGGACAGCAAGGUCUAAAAGUAACGAUGGUUACGCCAGAGCAGAACCAGCAGCAGAAGAUUGGCGUGAGCGAAAACUUCGGUGGUAGGGUAGAGAACGGUUCGGCCUUUGGGGAGGUGACGGGUGACGCGAUGAGCCGCUAG